CUUUGGAAUGGAUGCAUGACCGAAUUUUGAGCUAGAAUCUAUUUUAUUCAACCGUAACAACUAUUAUGUUGAGUUUUCUUGAAAUAAAAAAAAAUAUUAAGUUAUCAUAUAACUCGAUUAAUUUUUUAGGCGUUAAAGUUAAACCCUUUGUUCCAUUGUUGACAUUCAUUGCAAUUCCAAAUCAACGAAACACGAAUGGCGGGACCUGAACCCUCUCCAUCUCCAAAGAUCCUUCUAGCAAAGCCUGGACUCGUCACCGGAGCUCCUAUCUCCGGUAAAUUCAACCGCUCCGGCGCCGGUGAAGAUGAUUCUACUCAGCACCGUUCUCGUCUUCCUUCCGUCGCAUCCCUCAACCUUCUCUCCGAUUCAUGGGAUUUCCACUUCGACCGCUUUCUCCCUUUUUUGACUGAAAAUACUGAUUUCACUGUGAUUGGUGUGAUUGGCUCACCCGGAGUUGGCAAAUCUAGUAUCAUGAAUGAACUUUAUGGCUUUGAUUCAACUUCUCCUGGGAUGCUACCACCUUUUACCAUACAAUCUGAAGAAAAUAGAGCUAUGGCAAGACAUUGUUCUACUGGCAUUGAACCUAGGAUAUCGGCUGAACGUAUCAUACUUCUUGAUACACAGCCUGUAUUUAGUGCUUCUGUUUUAGCUGAGAUGACGAGACCCGAUGGCUCUUCAACAAUUUCUUUGCUGAAUGGAGAAUCCUUAUCAGCUGAAUUAGCUCAUGACCUUAUGGGUAUUCAGCUUGCUGUUUUUCUAGCAUCUGUAUGUCAUAUUCUGCUGGUGGUGUCAGAGGGAAUCCAUGAUGAUAGCUUGUGGCAUUUGAUGUCAACGGUUGACUUGUUGAAGCAUGGCAUUUCAGACCCAUCUUUGCUCGCUUCGUCCCUUUCACAGAACUCUAGCUCAGGGCAUGAUAGUGAUAACAAGGUUCCUGAAUUUGAAUACAUGGCUACUCCUGUUUUUGUACAUACCAAGCUACAAGAUCAAGAGUUUACUCCUAAAAAUUGUUUGCAGCUGAGGAAGGCACUCAUGCAGUAUUUCAAACCAUCCUCUUUUGUUGGAGAGAACACUGGAAAGAAGCCAAGCAACCAUGUUCCACCUUCCAUGGUUCAUGGAAGUCCCUUGGAUUCUGACACACUAAAUUUGUUUACGAUCCCAUUUAAGAAAAAAGAGGAAAAUCCAAGAGCUCAGCAUGAGAGUUACAUUUCUGCUCUAUGGAAAUUACGGGAUCAGAUUUUAUCCAUGAAGUCUCCAUCUUUCAGGAGACCCGUGUCUGAGCGCGAAUGGUUGAAAAAUUCAGCCAAGAUAUGGGAGCAGGUUAAGAAAUCCCCAACAAUAUUGGAGUAUUGUAGAACCCUUCAACACUCCGGCAUGUAUAGGAGGUAGAAGUUAAUUGAAGGUGCAACAGUUCUAGGCGGUCUCUGAGAUUUUAUUUCAACAUGUAUCUUAUUUUGAUGUCAAAUUAUCAUAUUCUCUUACGAAUCUUUGCAUUUUUACCACCAAUUUUAUAGCUAGUGAGUACAAUCCUGUAAGCUAUAGCAAUGCUAAAUUAUUGUGUUUUGCUCAUUGAUCCACAAUUGAUGAGUGUAUUAGUUAUUGCACAAACAAGUAACGAAGUAUUCAUUUUA